AUGGACGACGAUCUACUUUUGUGCUCCGCCUCCGAUUGAAAACAGACGAAGUUUAUAGAAGAUUAAACGGAGGACUAUAAGCGAAGUGUUUGGCAACCCUGCGCUGUAGACAUUACAGAAAUAGAAUUUGCUUCAUCAUGGAGGAUAUUGUGAAUGCCCGUUGUCACGGUUUGGAUAUUGGAUUUCACUUAUCAAAUAAUUUACUAAAUGAUGGACCAGAUUGGCUUUCAGCAGAGCAUUCGACAGGAACAUCAAUCAUGGCUGUGGAAUUUGAUGGAGGAGUGGUUAUUGGAGCUGAUUCACGAACAACAACAGGGGCUUACAUUGCCAAUCGGGUUACAGAUAAAUUGACCCGUAUCACAGAUCACAUCUACUGUUGCCGUUCUGGGUCUGCUGCAGAUACUCAGGCCAUAGCUGAUAUUGUGGCCUACCAACUUAGUUUUUAUGAAAUGGAACUUGAGGAACCUCCUAGUGUGAAAACUGCAGCUAGUGUGUUUCGUGAGUUUUGCUAUAGUUACCGUGAUUCAUUAACAGCAGGAAUUAUAUGUGCAGGAUGGGAUAAACGGGAUGGAGGUCAGGUAUACUGUAUUCCACUUGGAGGUAUGCUGGUUCGACAGCCCUUUACAAUAGGGGGCUCUGGGAGUACCUAUGUCUAUGGAUUUGUUGAUGCAAACUAUAAACCAGAUUUUGACAAAGAAGCCUGUGUGAACUUUGUUUCAAAUACUCUGGCACUAGCCAUGUCUCGAGAUGGAUCAAGUGGUGGAGUAAUAAGACUAGGGAUUAUUACAAAGGAUGGCAUAGAAAGACGGGUCAUUAAAGGGAAAGAAGUACCCAGGUUCUUUGAAGGAUAAGUCAGUGAAGUUGAAAAUAGAAGUUGCUUCUUCAAUUAAUAUUGUAUUCCCUUUCAAAACAAUAAAAGACUAAUAAAUUUUAUUAAACCUU